AUGUGAACCUACUCAUCAAUUUCUAAUUAAUGCUGGGUUUCUUGCUGCUUCCAUCUCAGCUCAGAUUUCGCAGAAGGAUCGCGAUAGUGUUAUCGAAAAAUUGAGGCAAAAUAAAUUGAAAGUUCUUGUUUCAACGGACCUGAUAGCACGUGGAAUAGAUGCAUCAAAUGUCAAUCUGGUCGUUAAUCUUGAAACAGCAAUCAAUGCAGAGACAUAUUUUCAUCGAAUUGGAAGAGCAGCGCGAUACGGUGGUUAUGGAGCAGCGGUCACCAUAAUUGCUGACUCGCGUGAAUUUAAUCGCUUUAAAGCAAUGGUGGCAAGAGGUGGGGUCAGCGUCCGAAUGAUGGACUUAGAUGACAUCCCGGCAAAUCUGACCACGAAUCAGUCUUACUUUCAACGUUGUCCCGUAUUCUCACCUUCCCAGGCUGACAACUUCAACUUUCAUCCGAGAAAGGAUAAUGAGAACAAUUUGAAUCAUAAGUCGAAGUUAUCUCCUGAGCGUGACACCUUUCCAGAUAGAAAUGGUUCUCCCUCAAAUAACACUGUCUACAAUCGACAAACUCUCAUGGAAAUAGCAGGAUCCAACAAUCAUACGUUAGAUCCAUCUCUGUUGGAUCAUUUCAAAAAAAUCGAAAUUAGCCGAGAUCUGUCAUCAGCGAAAACCGAUUACGAAAAUGAAGCGGCUGAGCUAGAUCGUCAACUUUCGAUACAGAAGAACAGUGUACCAGCUUCCCAAACGUUACAUCCUCUCAAGUAUAAGUUUAUACCAUCCCGUGAUAAGGCCAGGAAGAAGUUUUAUCUGCGUGGAGAGCUAUUAUCUAUCAGAGAUGCUAUGCCGAAGGAGUCGUGGAGAACAUACGCUUUAUCUAAGUGA